UAACAUAGUUUACCCUGUGGACCUCAGAGACAUGGACUUUAUUCCAUCAGUAGGUGAGUAAACAUGGCGUCUGCGGGUAAACAGGUGGGAACACAGGUCAUUUUCCUUCCUGUCGGUAACAAGGUAUGGUACAAAUCAUUCCCUUUACGUGUUCUAGAAGUUAGGGUUGUGGAAUAGCUUGUGAAUUGAAUCAGGCAUGUUUGCCAAGGACUUCCUACUUACUGCAAAUCCUCUGCGCAUUCGAAGGCCGACCACAUCAUAUUUAAAAUAAAUCAUGUUAAAUCAAAGCAUGUAUAAAACGUGUCUACAUGCAACGUUACAUUUACUGCAUUGAAAUGUGGUGGAUUAAACGUAAGGUCGUAUACAAGGGCGUCAUAUCAUAGGUUAACUGUCGUCACUUCUCGGGAGUUACUAAGCACAUACUAAGUAGUUUGCAUAAGAAGCCUACAUCUUCAAAGUUGAAACUGAGCAAUGCUGUAUGCUGUAUACUGGUGUACUUUGAUUUAACGAUCUACGAUGGCAGGACUGAGAUCAUAUCAAUGGAAAGUUAGGUGCGUGCACCCAUAGCUUAGCCACGUAAUAGUUCAACGAUUGCAAGAUUUGCAUACUUGUUGCAUCAUUCAAUUGGUAAUAAUAACUUUAUUUCACAAAUGAUCUCAUUUGCCAUUGUGAAAUGACGGCACCCCAAAUAACCAGUGUUAAUUGUAAAUCAACCAGCUACAGUAGUAAAGUGUACAACUGAAACUAACCAGUCCAAACGAAGAGAAAAGAACGAAGAACUGACAUUCGACGGACGGGAAAGAAUGGACAGUCGUGUGCAAGCAACGUCCCCUGGCGGAUGGAGGUCGCACAGCACAGCGUGGGGAAUGGGAAAUCCAUACAGUGUGUUGGGAGCGCUGCUACUGCUGAUGGGGCUGGUGGAGUUUGGACAACUCGGGGUGCGGGGAGGGCUGAUGGAAAACAUCACAGCCUUCAUGAGUAUGACCAAUGCUGUCUUUUCAAUGGUGAUAUCUGGUGCACGCAGACUCACAUGGGCCACGAUGUUCCAGCUGCUGUGCAUCGCGUCUCUAUUACUGGAUGUAGUGUUUGGAGUUCUCAUCUUCGUCCUAUCCGAAGAGAAGAAGAGUCUUCUGACGUCUUUCCCCAGAGAUACUCUUGUUUUCAUUGCUGUGGAGUUCAUCACCAAGGCCGCCAUCUUGUUUUUCAGCAUCAGAAUAAGCCGCCAACCUCAGAUGAAAAGGUCUAUCUCAUCCCCCAGGAUAGGCUGGGACGAGCUGGAGAGAUUCCACAGAUAUGCUGCUCCAGACGUCAACAGGACGAAAAGAGAUCCUGACUUACAACCAACACAUGAAGAGGACCGACCGGGGGAAGAGGAAUACGUUUUGCUGCUUACUGAGACCAGCGCAUCGGAAGUGACGCCAGACGGCACAGUACACCAAGAUAAUAACAACCUGUGCGCAUGCGCGGAUGGGGACAUCUGGGUUCCAAGGCAGCCAGCAAGAAAAAAGGCGCAAAAAGGUCUCCAGGGGACAAGGAAUGGUGGGCUUAGGAAAAUGCAGAAAACGUACAAGAACUAUACAAAAGUGUGUUUCACGGACAAUGUAGGUCACGAUGAAACAAGUGCCGUUUGAUUAUAGAUCUUGAACAACCGGAUGAGAUAACAUGGCACAACG